AUGGAAUCACCGACCUGGCAAGGACAUCACAGCUGCCUGAAGACUGAAGCACAGGUCGAAAAGACUUUAUUUCACGAAGCCAGACCAAACUGCGACGAAGCUCUUCAUGGAGGUAACAUCGCAACCCGACAGCUAGAAGAGCUCAAAGCGACGGUUUCACAGGCUCAGCAAAGCAUCACAGCUCUUGGAGCAGAGGUAGCUGCCAAAGAAACUCUCAUCACCGCAUUGCGACAGAAGCUGGCAGCUCUCGAGAGUGAUUCAGCGAAUCAGAGCCAACUUCACCGGCUUGAAGCCCUGCACCGCGAGCAGGAUCAUGCCGAACUUCGUGUCCAGAUGAACAAUCUCGGUCAGGACCUGGGAAAAUUUAAGGCUGAGGCAGCAGUCAAUCUGAAACUCGCCAAUCAGAGACAGAAGAAGCUGGCAGAGUACGAGGACAUCAUCAAAGAACUACGAGAAGAAGCAAAGACAACUGCAGAAGCCCUAAGUUCCAUAUCCCGCGUCAAGGACAAAAGGCCACAGAACAUUGAGCUUUAUGACUUACGCAUGCAAUUGCAGCGGAGCAACAAUGCUCUCGAAGCAAAUAGAGUCUUGACCAGCAAAGCUCUGAACGGUUGGCGGGCUGAGAAGCCCGCCGGCUAUGUGACAUCAUCGAGCCACGAAGACUGGAAGGCAUUUGCCUAUUUUCUUUUGCAAUUUUCAGACGCAGCAAUCAAGCGCCUUGUCCACAACAUCCGUGGAACUAGACGCUUCUGGAUGGAAACCCCCCGACUUCAGAUCAUUUUGCGAUCCUCGCGUGAUCAUAUGUUGCCUCAGGAUCUUGGGCGUGGUCAGGCCAAGACAUGUGCUUUGCGCCCAAAGUGAC